CAAUCUCACUCUCAACCACCAGUCUGUAAGUUCGACAACAACCGCCAUGUCCAACGUCUUCAAGGAGUCUAACGCCCAGUCGACUGUCAACCAGGAGGGCGGCGCCCCCCAGCCUUCGUUCUUGAAGAAGAAGGGUCUCCUCGGCGCUGCGGGAGCCAAGGGUCUUGGCGGUGUCACUUCGUCGCCCACCGACAACGUCAUGUCGCCCAUCUCGGCCAAGCUCAACGGCGCCAAGCAGCGCCACUUCUCCAAGGGCAAGCCGAUGCACCUCGCCUCGCAGCUGAGCAGCCUGGCCGCGCAGGCAUCGCCCGCCAACUCGCCCGUCCCGGCCGAGAAGAAGGCGCCGCGUGCCGAGUUCUAAGCAGCCGACUGCUUCUAGACAAUCUAGACCGCUACAUCUAGAACAAACCAUAUCAUAAAGCUGCGCUGCGCCGCGAUGUGCCCCGCCUGUCAUCGACCAUCGUAUUUUCUGCCCGCCAGCGCUCGACCGACCGACUCCGACUCCGACCCGAUCUCGACCCCCCACCACCACAACCUCAACCCGCCCCCCACGCCUCCACACCCGAAGCUAGCGUGAUGCAUUGUAUGGGCGAUGCGGCGCGCCGUGGCGUGCGGCGUGUAGAGGGCUGGGAUUGACACUGCUGAUCAAAUGACUGAUGCAGG